UGUGAGUGUGAGUGUGAGUAUGUGUGUCACUUACAGGCUGAAGUGAAAGUCUUCUUGCCUCUGUUCGCUGUCCAUCCUAUUUCACGGUCUGACAAGAGUCGGGGAACAAACUGUUAUGUAUUCACGCAAUGCAUCUUGGAAUCAAGCUCUUGCUGGUGCUGCUCGUGCUGCACUGGAGCUCGUUGAAGGACGGUUUAACUGAAGCUCAUCCGCGAUGCGACACUGAUGGAUCGACUGUAAGAUGCACGCUGGAAGAGACUGACUUAAUGAGUUCUGACCCAAUCAAACUGGAUGUCACUGAAGGACAAGUGGUGGAAAUUUACAGUGCAUGUGAACAAAAUAGCUCCAAUGAGCGUAAAUGUCUCUGCUAUCAAAGGACAAAUUCUUCUAUCCAUCUGUUACAAUGCAUUGAAAAAUUGGGAAAUGAAAAAUAUUCUGUGAUCUGUGGCAAUAAAACUGUUACGGCUGUUCGGGCAACACAAAGAAGGCCAUCGGUUCCAGUUCUCAAAGCUAUUUUAAAGGCAGGGUCUACAAAUCUAGCUCAGUUAGUGUGCACUUCUGAGGGGUACCCAAAACCAACUCUCAGGUGGUAUGGGAACAGUGAUGAUGCAGAGGAGGGCAUGACAAGUAGUGCGUGUAAGACAGAGAGCACUUUGAUAAGUUAUUAUAGUUAUCUUUCUAAAAAUCCAAAUCAGAAAUGCUGUGCCAGUAAUGCUCUGGGAGAAGAAUGCACUGAGGUCUAUCAUUAUGAUCUGAAUGAGGAGGAUAAGCAAAAGUCUCAAAAUAUAAUUUAUCUUAAAUCUGGUCAAUCUUUGCUGCUCAGAGCUGCCAAAAAAGAUUUGAGAAACCCAGGAAUAAAAUGGCACUUUAAUAACACAGUGAUCAAGGGAAUCACCUCAUUACAAUAUUAUGACUGGACAGAGCACCUCUUUAUCGAAUCAGUUAAUAUGGCACACAGUGGGCUUUACCUCUGCACAUCAGAUACUAAAACCCCCCGAAAUUGCAGCACCCAUGUCAAGGUCUUUGAACAUGAUCAAAUUGACAUAUUGCAUCUGAACGAGAACAACAGCAUACUAGCAAAAAAUAAGACAGACUUUUGCUUCCAGUCUCAGGUUUUCUCCUACCCAAAAGCCCGGUGUUAUUGGAUCACACCAAAUCAAACACAAAUACAGUGUGACGAAACUUCCCAAUCAAAUUUUACCAGUACGUUUAAGCUGUGUAACACUGAACCAGGUCAGUAUCAAAUGAAACUCGAGACUCAGGAAUACAGUGUCAUGAGGAAUGUAUCUCUGUGUAUCUCAGAUAUUCCUAAAAUUACAAUACGCAAAAAUUCAAGCUUCACUACUUGUGAGACUGAAAGCCCUUUACCUGUGACUGUAUCCUGGAAGACCUGCCCAUCCCAUGCUAAAUGUGAUCCUGAAGACUGGAAAGAGAUAGCUGCUGACCAGCCAGAGUUUACAGAUUCAGAUCAGUUCUGUCAGAAGAAAAUUGGCUUUUCCAGACGGCACCUGAAAAGCGAGGACCAUCUUAUCAAAUGCUGCAUCACUAAUGUUGCAGGGACUGGCUGCAGUGAAAAAAUACUACUGCAAACCAAGUCUCACACUUAUUAUGUGAUCUGUUUCCUGCUCAUCGUUAUACUCUUCAUGAUUAUCAUUGCAUUAAUCAUCUUCAUCAGAGUUAAGAAACCUAAGUACCAGAGUCAGAUCCAGAUGAUUCAGAUGAUCGGACCCAACGACAAUGAUUACAUUUAUAUUGACUUCAGAGAGUUCAAAUAUGACUUGAAAUGGGAAUUUCCUCGCGAAAAUCUCGAACUUGGGAAUGAACUUGGAUCUGGUGCUUUUGGGAUGGUUGUUCAGGCUACAGCAUAUGGGAUCAGCAAGCCGGGUGUUUCUGUUCAGGUAGCGGUAAAAAUGUUAAAGGAGAAGCACCAGGCAGUGGAGAAGGAAGCUCUGAUGUCUGAACUGAAAAUGCUGACUCAUAUUGGACACCAUGAGAACAUUGUCAACCUGCUUGGUGCUUGCACGGGAUCAGGUCCUGUUUACCUGAUCUUCCAGUACUGCUGUAACGGAGAUCUCCUGAAUUACCUGAAGAGCAACAGAGAAUGCUUUCACAAAUAUCUGACGGACGCUUUCAACAAGGACAGAUUCAGGGGCCUCUACCACAACUUCCAGCAGAACAGAAACUCCAGUGAGUAUGUUCUGUCUGAUAACAGCCAAUGCCUAAAUGUGACUCCUGCUAGCAAAGAACAGGAGAAAGAAAACGAUGCGCUUCUGAGUAGCAGCAUCAGCUCAGGGUCUCCUGCUGAGGAAAUGCUUGAGUGUGAAGACGAGCAUCAAGAAGAGGAACUUCACAGUCUCACCUAUGAUGACCUUCUGAGUUUCUCUUUUCAAGUUGCAAAGGGCAUGCAGUUCCUGUCUGCUAAAAAUUGCAUCCACAGGGACUUGGCAGCCAGAAAUGUUUUGGUGACACACGGCAGACAGGUGAAAAUCGCUGACUUUGGUCUUGCCAGAGACAUUGAGCAUGACUCCAACUACGUUGUAAGAGGAAAUGUGCGUUUGCCGGUGAAAUGGAUGGCACCUGAGAGUAUUUUUAAAGGCAUCUACACAAUGGAGAGUGACAUCUGGGCCUAUGGCAUUCUGCUCUGGGAGAUCUUUUCUCUAGGAGUCACCCCAUAUCCUGGUGUGACUGUGAACAACACUUUCUACAGAAUGAUUGAAAGUGGAUAUCACUUGGAGCAGCCCUAUUAUGCAGCAGAAUCUGUGUACAAGGUUAUGUGUCGCUGCUGGGCGUUGAAUCCUGUAGAUCGGCCUUGUUUCUCCAAAAUUGUGGCUUUCAUGGAAAAAGAGCUGGCAGCUUUAGAAGAGAGGCUGUAUUACAAUGUCGGAGGAUACAGUCACGAUGAAAUAACAUACCAGAAUGCACCAGUGAUGCCUGAAGAUACACCGAUAGUCACGGAUACACAUGGUUCUGGAGCAGUAAGAACAGAACCUCCUGUUUGAGGCUGAGUUUAAGUCUCAAUCAUUAAUGCAUUAAUUAUUAAUGUAUGAAAUGUAUUUUGGCAGGGAAACAUAUUGAAGGGAAAAUUUGCUGCUUACUCGUUCUUGGCGAUUCAUAAAAUGCAUCUCAAUGGCUACCAGUAGACAUAUGUUGUGACCUUAAAAUCAUACUCAGGUUAAACUAAUGCUUUGGUUACACAGAAUUCAGAAUCACAAGCCUUUGCAGUCGAAAAGUGAAAUCAACUGUACCCAGCAGGCACACAAAGUCAUUAGAUGUUUAAAUUAGGUUAGAUUUACUUUUGUGACGUUAGAUGACUAAAAUUUAAUGUCUAGCGUGUGUCUAAGGACAUUGAAAUUUGGUCUAUUUAAGGUUGUGACCAAAAUCCAGCGUCAAGCCAUCAUCAUCUUGUAUGUUAUAUUGAGGUCAAAUACUGAAUUUUUUAAUCAGGUAUGGCAACCAAAAUCUGAUGUCUGUUCAACGUCAAAGUAGUAAUGUCCACAACACAUCAAGCUGUAACAUUAGAUGUUGAUAUUAGGUUGAUUUUAGGUUGGACGAUGGACAUUAAUGUCGGUCAGGUUCUGACAUCAACCCCGAUUUUCGUCUCCAAACAAAAUAUAAUGUCCCCCCAACGUUAGGGUACAACAUCAAUAUGACGUCCUGUGCCUGCAGGGUAUCAUUACCAGGGGUGGGGGCAAGUUGGAGCCCUCAUUCUGGCCCCCCGGGUUCUGCGCUAGUUGGGGAAAUUCCAAAUUGAACCAAAAACAAACUAUUACAAAUGGCUUAAGAUUGGCAAUCAAAAUUUGUGACAUUGCAAUCUGGGGGAUUUUUUUUUAUAUUAUUAAAAAAAAUAAAACUCAUCAUUACUCUUUUUCAGGAAAGCCAUUCUAAUUUAUUUUUGUUUAA